AUGGCCCAAAUCCGGUCAAUGGAAUCUCGCGUCGGGCGGGAGAAUCAACGCUAUGGCCCGCAAGGCGAGCGCCUGGUCGCCGGUAUCGUCGCCGUUUCUGCAGACCGGACCCAAGUUCUCAUGAUUCAAUCGACCGGCCCCGGCGGUUGGGUCUUGCCGAAAGGUGGAUGGGAAUUUGACGAAUCCGCCGAAGAUGCCGCCUGUCGUGAAGCCUGGGAGGAAGCGGGUAUUCACUGCACCAUCUACAAGGAUCUGGGCCUAAUCCCGGAAAUGCGGGGAUCCGCGGAUCUCUUGACGGCACAAGCGCCGAAGGCCUCCUAUCAAUUCUUCGAAGCCUCCGUCGACCGUGAGGAACCCGUAUGGCCGGAGAGUUACAAACGCCAACGACAAUGGGUGGAUUAUGCCCAGGCGGCCCAAGCCCUGGCCAGCCGACCCGAGCUGCUGGAAGCCUUGAAUCGCAGCUCCUUAAAGCGGUAG